AAAACCUAGAAGUAUAUUAUUUUUAGGGUUUUCUGAAACUAAAAACCUCAGACAUCAGGAGAGCUGCUGUAAUCAGCGGUUGUGCAGAGAAAGAAAGAAGAUGAGCAACAAACAGGGCCCCCCAAAGCACCAAAACAACUACGCUUGGAAACCCAACGCCGGCCGCAAAAUCAAUGAAACGGAAGUUGGAGGCAGGCUAAAACCCUUGUCAGAGAUUACUGGGGUUUGCCAAAGAUGUAAAGACCAGAUUGAUUGGAAACGUCGGUAUGGAAAAUACAAGCCUCUUACUGAGCCUGCUAAAUGUCAAAAGUGCUCAAAACGUUCAGUGCGUCAAGCUUAUCAUAAUUUAUGCACUGCUUGUGCAAAGGAGCAAAAGGUGUGUGCCAAGUGUCGAUGCCAUGUGGACCGCAUAAUUGGAAGAGACCUUGCCGAUGUAGAGGCUGAGCAAAAGACACUUGAGGAGGCAAUUAAGAAUGCUCGAGAGAGGGAUCGGAGGGCUCUCAUACGUGCUAUGAACAAAGGUAAACCUAUGGGUUUGACAAAAAACCCAACUAAUGAAGGAAAUAGGGUUGGAGAUUUGUUCCCUUCCUCAUCACUCGAGGAAUAUGCUGCAAAAGGUAGGGAUCGCAAUCGCAGUGUUAAUGGUAACAAAAAUCUCGGCGAUGGAGAAGAUGUCGAUGAUGAUGAUGUCGAUGAUGAGGAGGAGGGGGAGGAGGACAAUGAAUCUGAAAAUGGAGAAAACAAUGAAGAUCUGGAUGGAGAAGAUAACCCUGAACAUCAAAAUGAAAAUGGGGACAAAGUUUGUCAUUGAGAGUGCAAUGAUUUUUCAAGAGCUGUAUUGGAUUUCCAACCAACAAGAUCAAUAGCGAAAUAGAGAUGUCUUGUAGCCUUCCAGUUUUGCUGAUGUGGUGAGAUAUCAUGUACGCAAUGCAACAGCUUCCAAUUUUUGUUCUCUUUUCUUUUAGAACUCAAUGUGGAAGUAAUUCUGUCCAUUUUCACCAGUGAAUUCAUUGAUCUUGUUAAAGUAUUAACUAUGCCAAAGAAUGAGGAAUAGUCACCCUUGCACCAAAUUUGUUGAAAUCUAAAAUUAUUAAAUGACCAAGAGCUUCUAUUUCUCGUGUUA